GUGUGUGCAUGGGAGCGGGGGGGGAGGUUCUUUAUUGGCCUCGUCCUCCCCCCUUUCGCUUCCACACUCCACCCAGAAAUGAUCCAGUGAAACUAGGAGGAGGUGAUUCUCCUCCUCCCUCCUGCUGCUGCUCCUGCUGGUCUGGAAGGGACUGCAGGAAUCUCUGCUCUGCUCUGAGGCAGGGGCUGGGGAGGGGAGGUCGUUCUGUGGAGCGAGGGGGCCGCUGUGGCCCAGGUGUAGCUCUCCUGGUGCGCGGCGGGGUGCGCGGGGGCUGCUCGGUUCCUGACCAUGGGGAAGGACCAGGAACUGCUGGAAGCUGCUCGCACUGGGAAUGUGGCUCUGGUGGAGAAACUCCUCUCUGGGAGGAAAGGAGGGAUCCUGGGCAGUGGAUCUGGAGCUAUUCCCUUAUCAAGCUUACUGAGUAUCUGGCGAGGACCAAAUAUAAACUGCACAGACAGUUCAGGUUAUACUGCUUUGCAUCAUGCAGCUUUAAAUGGACACAAGGAUAUAGUUCUCAAAUUACUUCAGUAUGAAGCAUCAACUAAUGUGGCUGAUAAUAAAGGUUAUUUUCCUAUUCACUUGGCUGCUUGGAGAGGAGAUGUAGACAUUGUGAAGAUUCUCAUCCAUCAUGGACCAUCACAUUCCAGAGUGAAUGAACAGAACAAUGAAAAUGAAACAGCACUGCAUUGUGCAGCUCAAUAUGGUCAUUCAGAAGUGGUUGCUGUUCUGUUAGAGGAGCUAACAGACCCUACAAUAAGGAACAACAAACUAGAAACACCUCUGGACCUGGCAGCACUUUAUGGACGUCUGCGUGUUGUAAAAAUGAUCAUCAAAGCAUAUCCAAACCUGAUGAACUGUAAUACAAGAAAACACACUCCUUUGCAUCUUGCUGCACGUAAUGGCCACAAAGCUGUUGUACAGGUUCUUCUGGAGGCUGGAAUGGAUGUCAGCUGCCAAACAGAAAAAGGGAGUGCACUACAUGAAGCAGCCCUGUUUGGAAAGGUGGAGGUAGUACGCGUUUUGCUUGAAACAGGAAUUGAUACCAACAUAAAGGACAGUCUGGGCAGAACGGUUUUAGAUAUUCUUAAAGAGCAUCCAUCUCAGCAGUCACUCCAAAUUGUGGCUCUACUUCAAGAGUAUAUGGAAACAGGAAAUGCAAGUAUUUCAGAGGAACGCCCACUGGAAUGCUCAGAACAUCAGUCUUGCGUUUUGUCCCCAGAAGUUCCUCCAUCUCCAAAGGCUAAAAGUGAAGCUGUGACUGGAGAAUUAUCAAAGCUCUUAGAUGAAAUCAAAUUGUGUCAAGAAAAGGAAUACUCUUUUGAAGAUCUGUCUCGUACAAUAUCAGACCAUUAUCUGGACAAUUUUAGUAAAGUCUCAGAGGAAGAACUUAUGACCAAUGGAAGCCAAACCAAGCUUAACAUAGCACAGAGACCUUCUUCAAAGAGUUUAUCACCAAGGGAGGAAGAUGAUGAUGAUGCAGGUGAAAAUACUUGUGGUCCUUCAGGUUUAUGGGAGGCCUUGACACCUUGUAAUGGAUGCAGGAACCUUGGAUUUCCCAUGCUUGCACAGGAAUCUUAUUCAAAGAAGAGAGGUUAUGCAUUGGAAGCAAUAUCCUCUGUACCUCUGGAUGCAGUUCCUUCAGAAAAUGAUAGCAGUCUUUGUGAUUCGAUAGACAUAGCAGUGACCAAAAAACCUUGUUCCCUAGAGAUAGCAAGAGUUCCUUCCUCAAGACCAGAUAAUGCACCUCAGGUAGCAAUUACCACACCAGGAUCUGGUAACCAUAGAAACAGCUCUACAGGCCCAACACCUGACUGCUCUCCUCCAUCACCAGACACUGCACUUAAAAACAUAGUGAAAGUUAUACGUCCUCAGCCCAAGCAGCGCACAUCGAUAGUAUCCUCUCUGGAAUUUCACCGAAUGAAUCACGGCCACAAUUAUUUUGAAAUCAACCCAUCUAUUGGCUGUACAAGUUUUGUUUCUACUCCUGCAGUCAGUCCAGCUAAUUAUUCCUUUGGAUCUCUGGAAUACAGUGUGGAAGAGAGAGAACUUCCAGAGCGUCUUUGCCAGGGAGAAACAUCUGCUGAAAGUGGGCUUCCUGAAGGACACCCUGCUGAACAGUUUGCAGGUUUACUUCAUGGAUCAUCUCCUGCAUGUGACCCACCUGAUAACCCACUUCAGCUUUACAGCAAAGCAAAGUACAGUGGUCCACUAGAGAAAAGCAUUUUGAGCAAGACCACAUCACAGAAGAUACAGCUACAGAAAGAAAGCAACACUGAUCCUCCUGUUAAGAAAAAAAAGCCACCAGUUGUGAACAGAACCAUAUUUCAUACUAAAGCUAAGCCAGCAGAAAAUCAUACGUUGGUUGGCACGUCAGCAAGGAUAAGUGAACAAUGGGUCAUUACCACUGGGGGAUUUGUGGAGCGAGCGUGCACACUUGGGAGAAUACGAUCUUUACCAAAGACUUUGCUUGAAAUGCAUUUGUGCAAAAACGUUUCGAAAUCGGAUUCUAAUCUGAUUACCCACCCACCAAAUGACAAAAAAGCACGAAGCAAUUGGAGCGAACCCACUCCAAACCAACAGAGCUCCAAAGGGAAUUCGGAGAGAACACCUUCAUUCACAUCAGAAUGGGAAGAGAUUGAUAAAAUAAUGAGUUCAAUAGAUGCUGGAAUUAAUACUGGACUGGGGGAGAUGAAUGAUCACACUGCAAGACCCCGAUGCCCUGUCCAGACAGUGGGACAAUGGUUGGAAAAUAUUGGGCUACCUCAGUAUGAAAACCACUUGCUGGCUAAUGGAUUUGACAAUGUGCAAUUUAUGGGAAGCAACGUAAUGGAGGACCAGGAUCUCUUGGAAAUAGGAAUCCUUAACUCUGGACACAGACAGAGAAUACUCCAAGCAAUCCAGCUUCUCCCAAAGAUGAAGCAGAUUGGUCACGAUGGUUACAACCCCACCUCUGUAGCUGAAUGGCUGGAUUCCAUUGAACUGGGUGACUAUACCAAAUCCUUUCUAAUUAAUGGCUAUACAUCGAUGGAUCUUGUGAAAAAAAUCUGGGAGAUUGAAUUAAUUAAUGUCUUAAAAAUUAGCUUGAUUGGCCACCGGAAGCGUGUUCUGGCAUCUCUGGGAGACAGGCUUCACGAAGAUCCUCCUCAGAAACCACCUCGGUCAAUAACCCUCAGGGAACCCAGCGGUAACCACACUCCUCCUCAGUUGUCUCCAUCACUUAGCCAAAGCACUUUCACUACUGGUGGCUCCCUGGACGUUCCCCACAUUAUCAUGCAGGGCGAUGCAAGGAGAAGAAGAAAUGAAAACUAUUUUGAUGAUAUUCCCCGGUCAAAGCUGGAGAGGCAGAUGGCACAGCAGUCCUCUGUCUGUGAGAUCUGGACCAACCAGAAUGCAGGAUAUCCUUUCUCAUCGAUUCAUCAGGUUCAUAAUACAGGAGACUGGGGAGAGCCUUCGAUUACCUUGCGACCUCCAAAUGAAGCCACAGCAUCGACACCUGUUCAAUAUUGGCAACAUCAUCCAGAGAAACUCAUCUUCCAGUCAUGCGAUUAUAAAGCAUUUUAUUUAGGCUCUAUGCUGGUAAAAGAGUUAAGAGGCACAGAGUCAACACAGGAUGCGUGUGCAAAGAUGAGGAAGUCUACAGAACAAAUGAAAAAAGUACCAACCAUUGUCCUGUCUGUCUCGUACAAGGGAGUCAAAUUUAUUGAUGCAACAAAUAAGAAUAUUAUUGCUGAACAUGAAAUCCGUAACAUUUCCUGUGCUGCACAAGACCCUGAAGACCUUUCUACAUUUGCGUACAUCACUAAAGACUUGAAGACUAAUCACCACUACUGCCAUGUAUUCACUGCGUUUGAUGUGAAUUUAGCUUAUGAAAUCAUUCUUACACUAGGACAAGCAUUUGAGGUGGCUUAUCAGCUUGCACUACAAGCACGAAAAGGGGGCCAUUCUUCAACCCUCCCAGAAAGCUUUGAAAAUAAACCCUCCAAGCCAAUUCCCAAACCACGUGUUAGUAUUCGAAAGUCAGUGCAGAUAGACCCGUCUGAGCAAAAGACUCUUGCGAAUCUACCGUGGAUUGUUGAACCUGGACAAGAAGCCAAAAGAGGCAUUAAUACCAACACUGACAGAAGAAUGACACUAUACGAAGACUUUUAAAAUUACAGUCCACAAGAGGAGUGAGAAACCUUAUUUUUCACGCAGUUCUCCCUUGUGACUCUGCCACAGUGCUUUCUUUGAUUUCUUAUUUUAGAAUUCUACUUUUAAAAAAAAAGGAAAAAAAACAAACAAAAAAAACCAAAAACAAAAGGUCUCUAAACUAACACUAAUGCUGCCUACGAGUAGAAUAUUUGAUUGGUUUUUUUAUUUCAAUCUUGGCAGUUUUUAAUUGAAAUAGAACCAGAAUUAAUAGAGUAUUUGUGAAACCACUGAAUUCAUUAAUAACUACUGUGUUGAAUAAAGAAUUCAUCAAAGUGACAAGAAAUUAGGCACCCUGAUUUCUGUGUGCGCUGGUUUUAUAUGUAAUCAUUUAUGUCCUUUGAUCCUCUACAGAAACAGGAACCUCUUGCAUUGUAACAAAGGAUCAGAGUUUUAUGAAUGGUUAUAAAAAGGUAUUAAUAAUGCACAGAAAAUAUUAGAUAUUUUUAUGGAAGAGAAGUACUAUAGGAAAACAUAUGAAUAUUUAUGGAAGGAAGCCAGAUUAGUUAUGACAAAUAUUGUUUAUUUUACAGUUAAGUAAACAACUGCUAUUGCAGCAUUGUGAAAAUUAUAAGAGUCGUAGCAUCAGUGCACUGAAUGUUCCGUGUGAUCAGUCUGGAGUGAAAGUGGAAUGAUCAUUCUCCUGCACCUACAUAUAGUUUAUGCAGUUGAACAUUGCUAUAGCCAUGAAUUCUGCUAGUAUUUUUUAAAAAUAAUCUCAGUGGUUCUAAAAAAAAGUCAAAACCAUGGAUUUUGCUAUCAAGAUUUCUGUCUCAGAAAGCUUGUUUGGAAGAGUGUUGUUAAAAUUCUACUGCAAAACAUUUUCUAAAUAAAAAUAGCAAGAAAAAGAAAAAAAUUCCAAAGUAAUAAAUAAGUUUUCAUGGAACAAAAAAGUUAAGCAUUUGCUUAAUAUUUGAUUAAAUAAGAUUUACUUACAUUUUCUUUGAAGUGUUUUAAUUUUUUUAAUGUCUGUGGAGUAUUUGUAUAAUACCAUAAUGUAUAUUUAUGUAGAACUGAAAUUAUAACAGUACAAUUAUCACUAUAGAAGAAAAAUUACAUUUUAAUGUAUAUUGUUCUAUCCAGUCAAAUUGUGAAUCAUUUGAAGUUCAUUAUAGAGAUAUUGAUAAA